GCAGGAUAUCAUCGCAGAUUGGACAAUCCAAAAAAGGAGAUGUUCUAUUUCAUUUUGAUCUCCUGCCUGCUGAAUGCAAUGGUAAUUGCCGAUGAGUUUAGCCAACUGGAGGGAUACACUCAUCGAAAUGGAGACUGCCCUGGACACGACAUUGAGUCGAUUAAGCAAACAACACUAGGCGUGUGUGCGGCGAGAUGUAACGCAUUACCCAACUGUAAGAGUUUCCUGUUUAACGACUUGGGUAGCCGCAGUUACUGUUGGCUGAAGACCAGCGAGUGCCCCCUUUUGGUCGACACUUACAUCAGGAAUUAUCACUUCCAUAACAAAAUGGUUUCAGAAGAAAAUGCCGGCGGCAAUAUUGAAGUUGCCCUUCGGAACUGCACCAUGACCAGGGUCAACGACGCUAUGAUGUUGGCCGGAAGUUGGGAGCCGCUACCGGAUAUCAAGACAGAAGGCGAAUGUGCUGCGAAAUGCGAAGAAGUAACUGUUUGCGACAGCGCCACAUUUAAGAACGAGACGAGAGAGUGUAGGAUUCACCCGAGAAGGGCUUUCGUGAUGGGCUACAUAUCCGGGGGUGACUGCUGCGUAAUGUUUGAAAAGAAGUGCCCAUUUUUGAAGAACCUGAAUCACUUGCCACCUCGAAAGCAAAUUCUGUGUCCCCUAAGAUUCGGAGCAAUGCGUCAGCCUUCAAAGAAGUUUGCAUACAGAGUUAUGAGAUAUGAAAAAAGCUUCAACGCGGGAGAGUAUUCGUGCCGCAUUGACGAUUUAUGCAAAGCCGUCUCUUACGAAGCCGAGAAUGACAAACUUCAUUUUACAUUCUAUCACGAUCUAACCCCGAAUGACGAGAAUACCCCGGUUUCGAACUUCACAGCGGUCAAGGUCUGCAAUGAAAAUGGUCCUAGUUGUGACUCCCUCACUGCCUACUUAUAUAAGAGUUUAAAGGGAGCUCAACCUUACGAUGUACCAAAAGUCGGUAAAGCGGACUGCGUCAUGAGAUGCGUGAAAUCUGCUGAGUGCGUUGCCGCAACAUUUACUUCGGCCAUGAGGAAAGAGUGCAAGCUUUACCGCCUACCUCAAGGAGGGAUCGAUUUGGAAGAAUACACGGGCCGUGGGCGAGCUAUGACUUGGGUGAAGCCAGUGGAGAAAUGUUCAGUUGUCAUGUAGGAACUAUAUAACCACACACUUAGAAUAAAUAAAUACUACUCUUAUUGCUCUUGUUGCUAAUAAGUUGUUUACUACCAUUUGUAGUCACGCGACCAGGAAAUUCGUUUAUUUUGUAAGGAGGGGUUUGAUUGGCCCAUUUGGCUGGGCACCGGUUCUUAAGCCGCCGAGGGGAAACGUCUAAGGAGGUUUGUGUGGAGGGCUGAAGAAGCGAACAUUAGCAUCCGAUUUCAUGAGGAUGUGGUUUCACAGAACAGAAGCAUUUAGUUGCGAGUAAAGAAUCUGAAUACUAUCGCACCUCAUUGCCUGGCAUCCUGGCUAUAAUUUCAUAAGACACGGUGGCACAGUGUGACUGCAUGAUUGGGCGAUAAACAUGAUAUUCAGAUGUCUAACCUUUUCGGUCUGCCGAGAACGUGUCCGAGUGAUUACCCGAAGCGACCCUGGUCAUUCUUACGACUUGAUGGGAUAUAUUGCGGCAAAUGUAAGAGUCGAUUCCUGUGAUUAGAAUCAGCCGGCGGCGGCGCCAUGUAAUUGAUUUGAGAUGAGUCCAGUGUAUAUAUCUGCUGAAUCAUAUUAGACGACUUCUGAUAUUACAACAAAUCGGAAUUGCCUCCCUCGGGUCGGGCUAUUAGGGCACAGAUUAGUAGAAGAGGCAUCACAUAUCUUGCAGGAAUGAUCGCAGAGUCUUCGGCCGAAUCGGUGAACGGAAGUGGGCAACCAUCACCAACAGUUGGAGCAAAAUAUUUGAUUGUGUCUUUCUUUACGAAUUUUGUCAAUCCAAAUUACUAUAAGUCAAAGUAUAGGUCAUGGUGCCGGCCAGUCAAAGAAAGCUUUCUUCAAAGAGUCUCCAGGGGAAUUUAAGGCAAUACACCAACUCUAAGUACACAUUUCAUAACAUACUUUUUA